CCCAACCCAUCCCUCUUCAGUGCGAGGACUUGAGGAGAGAAGCGCUCACACGCACUGUACACACCGCGCCUGCUCCAGUCGGCUCCUCCGACAGUGCGCAGCCUAUAAUUCAGUCCCGACAAGAGACACCUUCAACCAGGUCCGGGACUCUACCCUAGGCUAUUGCGGAGGCCUUUCUAACAGGACAUGCCUCGAAGAGCGAAUCAUAUAAUAUAGGAACAACGAAUCCAAUAUCUUGCAAAGGAAAAGGUUGACAUCACGUGAAUGAUUUGGAGCGGUGGAGGUGAAUAAACAAACGGAGCAGAUGUAAACAUUACCAUGCCCUGUCUCCAUCGCCACCACCACAUUCGUUUAGCUUCCUCUUCAUUUUCCGCACAGACGCAGGAUGCGUGGAAUUAUUGAUUAAAAGGGAGGUGGAAGAGACAUCCAAUGUGGACUGGAGGAGAGGAGACACUCCUAACACUGACAGUCACAUCAACUUAGUAGCGGCCCUUCAGAUGAUAGUCGUUUAUAUUUGAAGGACAGUAAUUAAGUCGUCUCCAGGAUAGCACGGGCCACUGUGAGCGAGUGCAUCCGACCUGAGUUUGCUGGCGAAAUGCGGGACUGCUGCUCGGAGGAAUCAUCCUGACUUGAGGGGCUUUUACCAGACGAUUGUUAUAACAGUGAAUUCGUGAAAAUUAUUUCGUUGUCUAGAAGACGGCUAUUCCUGAGGCUUUUUUUGCAACCUUUGUUUCAUCGUUUGCUAAAGGACUCUGUGCAGAGAGAGCUGAUCAUAUUUCACUUAGCUCUGACAUUUUUAUUCUAACAAAAUUAUGUGGAAAACAUUUAAGUAUUUAUAGGCUAUGUUCCUUGAAUUGCAUAACAAAAGUUUUGGGUUGAAGAGUGUAGGCCCUAUGGGGUUGAGUGUGUGUCUGUGUUUACAGUAGGCACAAGUAGCAGCCAAUUCGCUCAAGCUUAUUAUGUGAGUUAGACAUUUUAUUAAAAUCUGAAUGAAUGUGUUGGAGGUUGUUUCCUCCACUGGUAUUGCGCUCUAACAGCUGGACAGUGUACCAUUCACUAGGGGACAGGUGUGUUGUCCAACUAGUCAGGUGGGGAAUGAACCCAGAGGUCCUAUCCACUUUAAGGCUUCUUGACUUUAUGUGCAGGGUUUUAAUGUUUAGUGCAAAAACAAAUAUUUUUAUGCAAGUCAGCCUUGCAUGACUGCCUGGGGGAGCAAGUCAUUUCUUACAGCAUCUUCUAACAUCCGAACAUGGGCACCAAACAGACCAAAGGCGCUGGGGGCCAAGAGGCUGGGCCCAGCCCACAGCACGGGUGGAAACGGACCCCUACCAAGGAGAGGGGUGACAUCUUCACCUCCUUCAUGUUGAGGUCAGGGGACCGGCUGAGUCGUGGAGGGACCCCUCCGCCCUACCAGCGCCGCAUAGGCAUGAUCCAGGAGAUGAUGCUGAUGGCCAAGCAAGGCAAACAGGACAAGGCCACAGAGAUGCUGCAGACACUCCGGCAGGACCUGGGGAUGGAGUCCACAUCUCUGGAUGAUGUGCUGUACCGCUACGCCAGCUUCAGGAACCUGGUGGACCCUAUCACCCACGACCUCAUCAUCAGCCUGGCCAGAUACAUCCAGUGCCCCCCCAAGACAGGCCCGGGGGAGGAUUCUCUGGGUGCCAUGGAGAAGGUGUGUCGCCAGUUGACCUAUCACCUAAGCCCACACUCACAGUGGAGACGGCAGGGCAUACUGAAGAGGAAGCCGCUGGCAUGUCUCAAGGUAAUGCUGUCGACCCCUCCCCCUAACGGGGCGCUGGACCUGUCGGGCAUCCCCCUGACGGUGCGUGACAUGGAGCGCCUGUGUGUCUACCUGCAACGCCACGCGCCCAUCAUCUGCAGCCUGGAGCUGGGUUUCACCGAGCUCACCGACGACGCCUUCCUCCUCCUCCUGCCCACGCUGGCCGCCCUGCCCCGCCUGGAGACCCUGGCCCUCAAUGGCAACCGGCUGACCCGUGCCGUCCUCAAGGAGCUGACGGACAGUCUGAAGGACCCGGCCAGCUUCCCCAGUGUCACGUGGAUCGACCUGGGCAACAACGUGGACAUCUUCUCCCUGCCCCAGCCCUUCCUGGUGAGUCUGAGGAAGCGCUGCCCCAAGCAGGGCAACCUGCCCACCAUCCUGGAGUUUGGUGAGAGCCAGGCCAGCGAGCCCGAGGGGAGGGUGGGGGAUGAUGACGAUGACAGGGAUGACAUCAACAGGACAGAGAGCAUGGAUGAGCUGAGGUCGGAGGUGGAGGGGGAGAUGGAUGAAGAGACAGAGAUUGAGGAGAUGAUGGAAGAGUUGCUGGACUUUGACCUGGAGGUGCAGGGGAAGGAGGACGAGAUAGAGGAUAGCAUGUGGACAAUGGAGGAGCAGAGGAUGGAAGGAAAGCGGAGGGAGGAGACACGGGGACAGGGAAUUAGGAAGAUGGUGGGGAAGGCAGAGCUAGAGGAGGAAGACACACAGAGUCAGUCCUCCCACUUGUCAUGCUCCAGCCAAUCGCAGCAUUCUUCUGGAGUGGUUGAGCUGAUGAAGGAGGAAGAAGGAGAGGAGGGGACAGAUCACUUAGAUCACCUGACCUGAGCAAGAGCCCCGGUCCACUCUGCUUGUAACUUCCCCUCCCACGUUUUGUCUAGAAUGAGAAGAGAGCAGUACCAGCAAACAGUGAACGUUUCUAUUACCUUAGGUAACGUUCUUGGAAUGCAUAGGUAACCGGAAAUUGUUUCCUGGGUUGGACAUCUGGGGGGAGGGGCUCUGUCAUCUCAACCUUCUGGAAUGUUUCCGGAAUAUCCAACUGAUCUGGGUGGACUGUUUGUCCACGGAUGCACAGUUUAGGGAGAUGACAAUCCAGGUUAAAAGAGGAGGACGUUUGUGAUAACUCUUAUUGUUGUUUCAUUAUGAAUUAGGAUUAUAAUCCCCUGUAGUAAAGAGUAAUAGAUAUAUUAUAUAUCAAAUGUAGAAAGAAAUUACAUUUUGAAAUGUACAUGUGAGUAUGUCAAAUCUGGCACGUAUGAGAUGUUUCAUUCAGGUUUUACUUCCUGCUAAUCCUGUCCUAUAGAUGGAUGAAUGCCUAUGUGCCUGUCACUUGUUCCCCUGUUGUUUGGGAGACUGUAUGUCAGAGAGCGAGACAGACAGACAGACGGCUGACGGACAGACGGACGGAUGGACAGACAGAUAGGUAACAAGACAGAGGAAGAGCGUUAGACACAGACAGCUUUGGUGUGUGAACAAGAUUGCAUCUUUCUCUCUGCUCUGAUACUACAGUAUGUCUGUCUCUCUAUCUCGCUGACCAGCACUCUCUUCACCAAUCCUACCUACCCAGUAUUUUUUAUGCAUAUGCAUGUUCGAUUUCUGAUGUGAUGUGAGUGCACUAAGAGUACCUUUAAACAAGUGCUAUUGGCGGAAAGAAUUGAUGGAAACCAAAAAAAUACUGGGUGUAAGGCGGGUUGAAUGUGAAAGGAAAAGAUUCUGACUAUAAGGCUCAUGAUUGUAAAACAUGUGAGGGAAGAGUCUGUUGCUGUGACGAAAAGCAGUGUUUAGGCUAAGGAAAAGGGCUUAGGAGCUACGGUGACGGGAGCUACGGUGACGGGAGCUACGGUGACGGGAGCUACGGUGACGGGAGCUACGGUGACGGGAGCUACGGUGACAGUUGUAGUGAACAGAACCAUUCAAUCAAGAUAUUAUGUAGUUCAGCGCACAGUGCUGAAUAACAACCCAUCUUUAGUAGCCUCGCUUUUCCCCUUUAUCCCUGCCAGUCAUGUAGAGUGCACGUAUCACUUAUCACCGUUGUAUGAAAAUGUUGAGUAGUAUUUUAUUGUGUGAUUACAACAGUGCCAUCUAACAUGGACUGUCUCUAGGCUACGGCUAUAGAACAUUCCCUCAUUCUCAGUAAAUAUGUAGCUCUCACACAGCGUAUGUUUUCCCAUUUGUAACAACGGACUAAUAAAACGCUUUAAGAAUUAGGAUUAUUCGCUUCAUCUUCUUUGUUAAUUGUGUAUAUGAGGUACCGUAUACCUUUAAGGGCAGUAACAUGGGGUUAUGUGUCAACUGAGGUGAAUGCAAUUGGGUCCAGAUGUUCAAUGUCAGUUCUCAGAAGUGUAAUUCCUCAAAACUAUUAUCAUCCCCCAAAAAAGAUAGACAUUUGUGCUGAUAAUGUGGUUGUUAUACUGUAUUCAAAUGAGAAGAUAGUGGAUAUACUGUAUCUCAACAAACCAAUUAGGACCCUAAUUCUUAUGGUCUCAUCGUGUCCAGAACUCUAUCCACCAUUGCACAGUGCUGCCCCACAAGCACUUUUUGAAGCGUAUAUUCUGUUCUCAGGUCUACUCCUAUCUGAGACUUGUCUUAUUAACUCAAGUCUUUCAUAUUUCAGAGAAAGUCCAGUUGAACACGUUGUGUGUAUGUGGGUCUAUAGGAGCUGUAAUAGAUGAGUACACUGUCUGUAUUUGCAGGAUGUUCCACUGUGUCUCUGAUGAAUUUUUCUGUGAGAGUGCUUUGUCUGUCUGGGUGCAGUGUCUUGUGUCUCGAUGGUUGGUUUUGGGAGGACAGACUCAACUGUCUCUUAGGUCCCCAGACAACGUGUAACAGUCACCAUAGACACUGCUGACAGUGACAAGAAUUGGAAGACGUUUCUCUGGAACUCAGUCCAUAUUAUCUGUCAAACUGAGAAGAUGUGAUAAUGCAGUUUGUUUCUUUGUAUACUUGUUUGUUUGGGAAUCUCUGGCACCUCUCUCCUCACUGCCCACAGCACUGUAAUUUCCCCUCCCAAACCAGUGGAUGAUUAUUAGUGGAAUAUUAAAACAAAAUAAGCUAAAUGUGCCUGAGUUAAUGGAGCAGACUAAACGGUUCAAAAAUACAAAUAAACCAAAGGUGUGUACUGGAAUUUCUAGACUUGUGUGUACUUGAAUUUUGCUAUUAUGAUAUUGAGUGUAUCAUGGAUUUAUGAGGAUCAUCCACAGUUCAAGGAUUCUCUCUUUCUCUCUCUCUCUCUCUGAAAGUGAAAAGGGUUAUAUGAUUCUAAAAGCAUGUCUAUAUGCAGCUUUGAGUUCUUUGCUCUCUCUCUCUCUCUCUCUCUCUCUCUCUCUCUCGCUCUUUGUUCCUUGCUCUCUCUCUCAGUUUAGGUGAUGAAUUGGAAAGGAAAGUUCUGUGUAUUUCCAUGAAAUGAAAACCAAGUGACUUGCUGUCUUGCCAAUGUCAUGAAAUAAAAACAAUAAAUACUGUAUUCUGAAAAGCA